AAAGAAAAAAACUGGAACAGAACAGAUAGAAAGGAAAACCGAAACCCGAAGCAUUAGCUCAGAGUAGACGUUGAAAUGACAAAUUUGCCCCCGUCAUUAUCAAUGAACGCAGCCUUUGGCGGCAGCGGUGCUGCUCCUCCGCCUUCUCCCGGUGGCUCCUCCCAGAGCUCCCCCGGAGGCAACAAGGAUCGCAAGAUGGCCUCCGCCGAGCAGCUCGUCCUCGAGCUCAGCAACCCCGACCUCCGUGAAAACGCUCUACUCGAACUCUCCAAGAAGAGAGAAUUAUUUCAAGAUCUUGCUCCAUUAUUAUGGAAUUCAUUUGGUACUAUUGCUGCACUUUUGCAGGAAAUAGUUUCAAUAUACCCUGUUCUUUCUCCACCAAAUCUUACUCCAGCACAAUCUAAUCGUGUGUGCAAUGCACUUGCUCUUCUUCAGUGCGUAGCCUCACACCCUGAUACAAGGAUGUUGUUCCUCAAUGCUCAUAUACCUCUAUAUCUGUAUCCCUUCCUUAAUACAACAAGCAAAUCAAGACCAUUUGAGUACUUGAGACUCACCAGUCUUGGCGUCAUUGGUGCUUUGGUGAAGGUUGAUGAUACGGAAGUCAUAAGUUUCCUUCUUUCAACUGAGAUAAUUCCAUUGUGCCUGCGCACCAUGGAAAUGGGCAGUGAACUAUCAAAAACAGUUGCAACUUUCAUUGUUCAGAAAAUCCUAUUGGACGACGUGGGCUUGGAUUAUAUUUGCACUACAGCAGAGCGUUUUUUUGCAGUAGGUCGAGUUUUGGGAAACAUGGUGGCAGCUCUUGCUGAGCAGCCCUCAUCUCGUUUGUUGAAGCAUAUCAUCCGAUGCUAUCUUCGCCUAUCAGAUAAUCCAAGGGCUUGUGAUGCAUUAAGAAGUUGUCUUCCAGACAUGUUAAGAGAUGCUACUUUCAGCAACUGCCUUCGUGAGGACCUUACAACCAGGAGGUGGCUGCAACAAUUGCUUCAGAAUGUUGGUGUGAGUCGGGUGCCCACUCUGCAAGCCGGAGGCGGCUUCGACCAUAUGAUGGUGACAUGAGUCUGUUGAAUCUUACUUUGUGCAUGAGCUCAUUGUCAUUUCUAAUUAUCCGAUCACAUUUUCUCUCGUAAUUGUAAUUAUCAAGUUUACUGAAAAAUUGUUUUAAGAUGUCUUGUAAUUUAUAUAGUAUGUAACUUAAUAGGUGGUUCUUUAUAACAAAUGUUCAUCCAAGGUUUAGGUGGCUUAAGUUCUAGUUCCUUUAGAUUUAGUUAUAUGUUAUGGAAAAUGAAACAUCAAGAAAUGUGAUGGGAAUGGUAUGACCUGCUAAAUCUCCAUAACAUUAUUUGGAAUUACAGUCAAAUUAGCAAGAUAUUUUUGGUUUUAUCUUCUAGGAAGUGGAUAUUGCCAAUUUGAUAAUAUCAUUCUUUUGUUGUUUCUACUCUUAAUGAAAAGUUUUUAUUAUUACCAUAUGUUCGGUUGCUCAUAAGGAUGAAGGUUGGCUAGGUGUUGGGUCGAGAGCAACUAGAGAGAAGAAGGUAUUUGGACCUGAUCGUGAGCUUUGCAACAAGGAGCACCGCCACGAGCGUAGGUGGGUCGGCGAGUGGGGCCACCUGCAAAGACAUUCCGAUGCCAAAGUAAGUGUCCGUACGAUGAGGCGGCUAAUUAGGGUAAAAGAUGACGUACUUUGGGAUGUACUGGGGUUUCGCGAUUGACGUGUUCAACGUGGCAAGCCGCGAGAAUCGCGAUUGACGUGUUUGUCUUACUCGGAUCUUCUCACAUGACAGUCUCCCGCUGUUUGUGACCCUGCCUGUGGGACACAUCUUGAGUGUGCGUGGGUUGCCUUCAACUGUUGUUUGGGGCGUCAUUUCAGUUUCCGUGUCUGGGGCAUUAAACGCCUUUUAUGACUUAUUUGAAAGCAGAGGAAAAAAUCCAUUUUGCCCUUGUUUU